UAUACGGACCAAUGGAUGCGCCCUGCUGGGAAUACCGCCCCCUGUCCGCGAGCCUCCUCUUCUCGCCAGCCAAUGGGAGCGGCAUGCAUAGCCCUCGAGGGGGCGGGGCGGCGACCGAGGCGAGUGGGUCCGGGAAGGCGCGCGGACUUGGCACCUCUUCUCACGUCAGCCGGUCCAGGCCCAACCGACGGACGAUGGGGGUUCCGGCAACCAGGCGCUGCGUGGAGUGGCUGCUGGGCCUCUACUUUCUCAGCCAUAUCCCCAUCACCCUGUUCAUGGACCUGCAGGCGGUGCUGCCGCGCGAGCUUUACCCAGUCGAGAACCAAACACAACGGGAAGACCUCUGGCCUCCUUUUGCGUGGGAAAAGCUUUAGAAACCUGCUGAAGUGGUAUGCUAAGGAGUUCAAAGACCCGCUGCUGCAGGAGCCCCCAGCCUGGUUUAAGUCCUUUCUGUUUUGCGAGCUUGUGUUUCAGCUGCCUUUCUUUCCCAUUGCAACGUAUGCCUUCCUCAAAGGAAGCUGCAAGUGGAUUCGAACUCCUGCGAUCAUCUACUCCGUUCACACCAUGACGACCUUAAUUCCAAUACUCUCCACAUUUCUGUUUGAGGAUUUCUCCAAAGCCAGUGGUUUCAAGGGGCAAAGACCUGAGACUUUGCAUGAACGGUUAACGCUUAUAUCUGUCUAUGCCCCCUACUUACUCAUCCCGUUCAUACUUUUAAUUUUCAUGUUGCGGAGCCCCUACUACAAGUAUGAGGAGAAAAGAAAAAAAAAAUGAAGGAAACCACCACUGGCUCAGGGUAGAGAUGCCUACAGGGUGGUUGCUUGUUGGAUACAAUACCAGGAACACUGCUCAGAAUCCACAUCUUCAGCAGCAUUUGAACCACUGGCAGCAAUGCACAAGAGCAAGAUGGUGUCAGGAACCACGUCAAACCCUCUUUUUUUUUUUUUUUUUUUUUUUUUUU